AUGCAUGCCGUUAUUAAGGCCGUCGUUUCGUUAUGCGCUUAUUGGAUGCGUUGUGAACUGCACUCAUACUGUAUACUCUCUAUUGUAAUGCAUAUUCAGCACAUCUCCAUUGCUAUGACUUCCCAACCGGCAAAUGAAUCCGAACUACAACUCUAUCGAGUCCUACAGAGAGCUAACCUCCUGUUAUAUUACGACACUUUUAUAUGUCAAGAUCAUCUCGAGGCGAUGACGUCCAACAACUCUGUGAAGCCGGAGAAGAAGAGUAUGGCCAGCAAACCUCUACACGUCCGCCGCUUACAGAAAGCACUUCAGGAAUGGGUGACAAAUCCCGCAAUGUUUCAAUCACCGAUUGUCCCAACAUUUCCAGCCAGUAGUGGAUCAGGUCUGAUGCCGCCAUCGAGUCACGCAUUAUUGAAUCAGUUGGCGGUGGCGAUGGCGAGCAGACCGAGUCCUUUAGCACUUUCCGCAUCGCAAACAUCUCCGGUAGGGAUGAGAACGAGUCCUCCGAUCGCAUCAACUGUAACCCAGAGCUGCAAUAGUAAUCAUUCGACGCCUUCGCCUAAUAGUGGUAAAGAGCAGAUCAUCUCUUCGUCAACACUUCAUUCUCAGAACCAAUUAAAUCAAUACAUGAAUCAGAUGAGUCGGUGGAUGGAAGAGGAACUACACUCUUACACUUCAGCACACUUUAGCCAUACAUCAGUAGUAACUGUACUCUUAAGGGCAGAUACGGUAGUCUUGAUUGUGUCGUCGGCAAUGAUGUGCAGUGAGUACAGUCAGCCGAGUAGUCCAAUAACACUGACACCAGUUCUGGUUGAGAGCCAAAUCUCGCGUCUGUCAGAAGUGGCCGAAAUGUUGGUCAAAAACCUGCCGCCAAUGGAUCCGAAGCCUCAGUUGGGAAACAAUAAAAAGAGAAUCAGUAAAGAAUUGGAAAAUUGCAUUAGACUCAAAGCUCUCGUAGUGGUAGAGAAGCUGAUCAUCAAUCCAAGACUCCAAUCCAAUAAAUUCAGACAAAACAUCAUUAAUAGAAAUACCAUUAGUUUAUGCUUUGAUAACUUGAUUAAAACGACGGCUGAGUUCCCAAAUCAAUACGUAAUGAACAUGCCUGAGGAGGACCCCAGACGUAUGGAUGAAAUACGAAAAUAUGCAGCAAUUUAUGGUCGCUUUGAUUGCAAGAGAAAGCCUGAAAAGCCGCUUACAUUACAUGAGGUGUCGGUGAAUGAAGCGGCGGCACAGAUAUGCAAACUCAUACCCGCACUGCUGUCCCCAUACGACGACUCGGAUCCGAGUGCUUGCAAGAGAAGCCGCACAGAGUCUAGUCCUAACUCAGUCCACGACAUCAAACAUUUCUCCGAUGAGGACUGGAAACGCAAACAGAAUGAAUUGGAUGUGAUAUCAACACAACAAAUGCAACUCAUUAACGAACAAAGCGAACUCAACAAACAUAUUAAACGUUAUGAA